AGAGAGAGAGAGAGAGAGAGACUGCGCGCACUCGGGCGGGACAGGAGUGCGCGGGACAUCGGCACACCGGGGCCGGGUCAGGGAGCUGUAAGGAUGGAGAUCCGACCGGACAGGUUUAAGGCGGCGGCGGGGAAAACUCUGGGGAAAAUUCACAGGCUGAUAGAGAAGCGGCAGCCCAAUGGAGAAACCAUCGAGUUAUCAGCGGAGGGCCGUCCUGAGCUGGUGGAGGAGAAAGAGCUGCCGGUGGUGGACUGCACCUGCUUUGGUUUGCCCAGGCGCUACAUCAUCGCCAUCCUGUCUGGCCUGGGGUUCUGCAUCUCCUUCGGCAUCCGGUGCAACCUGGGUGUGGCCAUUGUGAGCAUGGUCAACGACCACACUGUCUUCAAAGGCAACAAGGAAGUUCUUGUGGCUGCACAGUUCACCUGGGACCCUGAGACAGUGGGGAUGAUCCAUGGCUCCUUCUUCUGGGGCUACAUUGUCACACAGAUCCCGGGUGGCUUUAUAUGUCAAAAAUUUGCAGCCAACAGAGUGUUCGGCUUUGCCAUAGUGGCCACCUCCACCCUCAACAUGCUGAUUCCAUCUGCCGCCCGCUGCCAUUACAGCUGUGUCAUACUGGUCAGGAUAUGCCAGGGCCUUGUUGAGGGUGUAUCAUACCCAGCCUGCCACGGGAUCUGGGCCAAGUGGGCGCCGCCACUGGAGAGAAGUCGAUUGGCCACAACAGCCUUUUGUGGAUCCUAUGCAGGGGCUGUGGUGGCCAUGCCUUUAGCUGGGAUACUGGUGCAAUACACUGGGUGGCCUUCGGUAUUCUACGUCUAUGGCAGCUUUGGGAUAUUCUGGUAUUUGUUCUGGGUCCUGGUGUCGUACGAGAGUCCUGCAGCGCAUCCCACCAUCACAACAGAGGAGAGGAAGUACAUCGAAGAUGCAAUCGGAGAGUCCGCAUCAUUUCUCAACCCUCUGCAUAAAUUUAAAACCCCAUGGAGACACUUCUUCACCUCCAUGCCAGUCUACGCCAUCAUUGUGGCCAACUUCUGUAGGAGCUGGACCUUCUACCUGCUGCUCAUCAGCCAGCCGGCCUACUUCGAAGAGGUCUUUGGCUUCGAGAUCAGCAAGGUGGGCAUGGUGUCCGCUCUGCCCCAUCUGGUGAUGACAAUCAUCGUGCCAAUUGGAGGCCAGUUGGCAGACUACCUGAGAACCCACAACCUGAUGUCCACCACCAACGUCCGGAAGAUGAUGAACUGUGGAGGUUUUGGGAUGGAGGCGACCCUCCUGCUGGUGGUGGGAUUCUCUCACACUAAAGGUGUUGCCAUUUCUUUCCUGGUCCUCGCGGUGGGCUUCAGUGGAUUUGCAAUCUCAGGGUUUAAUGUCAAUCACUUGGACAUCGCCCCUCGAUACGCCAGCAUACUGAUGGGCAUCUCAAACGGGGUGGGAACAUUAUCAGGAAUGGUGUGUCCUCUCAUAGUCGGAGCCAUGACCAAACACAAGACACGUGAGGAGUGGCAGUAUGUCUUCCUUAUAGCUUCCCUCGUUCAUUAUGGAGGAGUGAUUUUCUAUGGACUCUUUGCAUCAGGAGAGAAGCAGCCAUGGGCGGACAUAGAAGACACCAGCGAAGAGAAGUGUGGCAUCAUCGACGAGGAUGAACUGGCCAAUGAGACAGAGGAGCUCUACCGUGGAGGCGGGCAGUACGGGGCCAUGAGCCAGCCCGUGGUGGGUUCUAACGGGGGCGGGGCCGGAGGAGGAGGUGGAGGAGGUGGAGGAGCCGGACCCGGGUGGGUGUCGGACUGGGAUAAGUCUGAGGAGUAUGUUCAACCGCCUGGAUACAACUCCUACAUGUACGGCGGAGAGGAGGAGAGGGAGCUGACACGGAAGAGCAACGUGAUCCAACAAAUAAUAAAUCAAUAAAUCAAUAAAAUCAAGAUAAAGGAAAGAGGAAGAUUCUAAGAGUCACUGCAACACUGAAUGGACCUGCUGUGUGCUUUUGUACAGUAUUUACUACUGCACAUAUCAAGAGUAUGCAUCCAAUUCAUUCCAUUGUGCGUGUGUGUGUGAGUGUGUGUGCGUGUGUGUGUGUGUGUGUCUGUGUGUUUGUGUGUGUGUGUAAGCAUUGCAUGAAGGUUUUAGUGGUUAACGUUCACAAACACAUCCAGUAUUCAUCUGCAAAAAAUCUCCCAGACUUCUUUCCUGCUCCUGGGCUCUUUAUGAUUGGUCAGGAGCUUUGUUUCCACAACAUUGCUGAGGAGAUUCUGUGUGUGUGUGUGUGUGUGUGUGUGUGUGUGUGUGUGUGUGUGUGUGUGUGUGUGUGUGUGUGUGUGUGUGUGUGUGUGUGUGUGUGUGUGUGUGUGUGUGUGUGUGUGUGUGUGUUGGUGGGCUUUUUGCGUGUACAGCAACUCUCUCAAGCCACUGGAAUUGUGUGGCGUUUAAAUUUUUAUGUGUAAACCACCAUCCUGCUGGUUAAGCACCUUUGGGGCAUUGGUUUCAGCUGACAUCAAUGUCAAUUUAAAUUUAAAAAACAGCAAAUUCUCUCUUUAUCUCAGUCUAUAUUACUGUCAAGGUUCUCAGAUAUUAUAGAAAUCAUAUUGAUCAGAUGAUGAAAUCAACACGCAGACUGAAAAUCAGUGGGAUUCAAUGAGACGCUGGUGAUGCAUCCAGUUCAUUUUGCUUUACGGCAACAAUAUGUUUUUCCGAGGCGUGCACAGUUAAUGUUAACUUGCAACGCGGGUUCAUAUAUGUGGUGAGAGUCUGUCAUGCUUUAAACCCUCAGUGACUAUACUUUCAAACUUUUCAGUCAAGGUGCUUAGGUGGUGUAUCAGCCUGUAUGUGUGUGUGUGUUUGUAAAACAGGCUGCCCUAAAUGUAUGUGUGUAUGUAUGUGUAUGUGUGUGUGUGUGUGUGUGCGUUUGUCGGUGCAAGGGCGCGUGCGCGAAGCUGCAAUGUGGUGUUUCGCUGAAUCUCACCUGGGCCUGACCUAACUAGGUCACGUCCAGCCCGGCCUGUGGGUCACAAAGCACACGUUACGACUAAAUCAUCUGACUCUUGUGACUUUUCCAUUUAGUGUGUGUGUGUGUGUGUGUGUGUGUGUGUGUGUGUGUGUGUGUGUGUGUGUGUGUGUGUGUGUGUGUGUGUGUGUGUGUGUGUGUGUGUGUGUGUGUGUGUGUGUGUGUGUGUGUGUGUGAUCUCUUUGGAGAGGUGGCCCAGGAUGACAAGUAGAGAGUGAUAGUUCCAGCACUUAACCAGUGUGAGGAACAAUCGUUAUAAUAUUCCCGGGCAUCACAGCUCGUGCUGCCUCUGUUUCUGCCUUUCUCUGUAUCUCUGCUGCUGCCUCUCCCUCCGUUUACCUCCCUGUGUUUUCUCCUUCUCAUCCUUUCAUCUGUCUGUACCGUGUCUCUAAAUGUCAUGUUUGAGUUGGUGGGUCAGAGUGUGUGUGUGUGUGUGUGUGUGUGUUGUGUUGGGUGCAGGUGCUGAAACAUUGUGCGGUGAGCAUGUUUUAAUGGGCACAGCAGCGCUUUACGCCGUCAUCCCUCUCUUCCUUUUACACACUAACACAUAUAGGUUGCAGAUUUCAUGCAGGAGGGAGUGGUGGCACAAUAUGUGGCGGUAGCAGUGAAGAGCAUGGAAACAGGGUGGUCUCAGCAAAUAUUCAUUAUCAUACAUCAUCAGAGGGGGGGUUUAAGGUUCGCUGACAAUCAUGGCCAAUCACAUUAGCUCCUCUCAUGCCAUCAAUUUAAAAGUGGUAUCCUCUCCACCUUAAUGCAGCAGAAGUGAAGAGUUCCGAGGUGCAACAACAUCCAGGAGGGAAACCAAACUGUGCAACAGCAUCAGUUUGCAUCUGCACCUAGACAGAGCCAAAGCACAUUCCUCCUCCAAGGCCCAACAGCCCCUUUAGAUUCAGUUAGGCUGCACAAGAUUUCACACACUCAUAGAUAUCUAGUCCCAUAUAUAUGCUUGAUUCUUUUCAUCACAAUCAUGAAUUAUUCCCUGGGAAAAUGGUGGAAAAAAUCCAAUCUCGCAAUGUUAAAGAAUGUGAAAGAAAUUCCUGGAUCCGUCCUCGAUCCAUAUCCAGACCAAAUAUUUAAAAUCUAAAUUCUAAAGGUUCCUCACUGACCCGUACUGCAUCCUUCCACCAAGUUUCGUGUUAAUCCGUCCAGUAGUUUUUGCGUAAUCGUGCUUGCAGGGGUGAAACUUCCUUGGCAGAGGUUACAACAUGUGCAUGCACACAGACACACAAACAAGUUAUGCUUUCUGCUUGUUCUCACAGGUCGUGCUGACUGACACUUAGUAUUUUACUUUUAAGAUUAAAAGCAUAUUUGCAGACAGCUCUUUCUCAGACCAGGAAUCCAUUUCUGUUUAACUUGAGGUUUGUGAAACGAGUGGAGUGAAGAGUGAAAGUGGAAGAGUGGAAUGUUAAAAUAUCCAGAAUCAUCCGAAUCAAAUGAGAGUUUAAUGGGAAAUGUGUCUAAUAAAUGAUCUUGAAAUGUGACGAAGGCAAAUCACCAUUGAGUUUUACGUGAAACGUCUCAAAGACAUGAAUGAUUAUUCCUUUUUAAAUGUUGUAUCAAUGUAUUUCUGAAUCAAGUUUCUUCUGUGUCUCAGUUUUUGGCUGUUCCAGUGUCGUCCUCCCCCUACUUGAUGAAAUGUGUGGUUACCUGGUGGGAAUCUGUGUAACAAAAAAAAAAUUCUAAAAAGGAAAUGAUGAAAUUUAAACUUGCAAAAAUAUGCAAAAAUAUUCUAUGUAUAAAAGAUGUACAUGUGCGAUAUCCUUGUGUAUAAUAAAAAUUUAACUAAUUUAA